UUCGUGGGCUAAUUUAUGCGCUCGAUUGUUGAACCUUAGCAACAUGCUACAACAAAGCCAUGGAAGACCAAAAAUAAAGCCGUGAUAUUAUGUUUGAACCACCAGCUUUAUCUCAACACACAGGACUGCAAGGAAGGGGUUUUAGUCAGUAAGAAUGGAAGACAUUGCUGAGCAAAAAUAUGAACCGUCUCCCGAGAAGAACGAAAAACCCAAAAAGUUGAAAAUCAAGAAUUCAGGCGAUAUUGAUGGUGACCACAGAGUGACUUUCACCGUGACGAUCGCCAAAGCAUUCCAGACAAUUGAGGAUGAGCCAAAACCAAAUCUCAAAGGUCUUGGGGGGCUCAAGGGUAAGCGUCGGGUGUUUGAGGCACCAAAACCACAUAAUUAUUACCAUCUUGAGUACAAACUGAUGCCUGAUGAUGCCGAGACCAUGAAGACAGAUGUGGUGACAUAUGGAGUAGCUGCUAAAAUCUACAUGGAAAGUGACUCAAAAAUUCUUAAAACCUGGAAAGAUGGUAACAAGACUUGGAUAGCCUGGACACACAGUCACACACUGGUCAUCACUCAAGAGAUUCUUCUCAAGAUGUUUAACCACACACUGGAAUUGAAGAUUUGGGACAUGAAGGAUAAGGUGUCACCCAGGGCUAGGUUUGAUCGCCCUAAAGCCUUCCGUUUACCUGCUGGUGGUGAUGAUGAUGAAGAUGGCGGUGUCAGGUCCCUCGUCAUGAGGCAAUCAGUUGCUUAUAACAACUUACAGCCCAAGCCUUCUGUCCUCCUCCCUGGUGAUGUUGAGGAGAAACGUUACUCCAAAACUGCACCAGGUACCUUUCAGACUGACAGGAAAUGUGAAAGCAAAGAGUCAGAGCAUAGUCGCGCCAUUACAGCUCCAUCUACAUUCCGCUCCACUUCUUUUUCCUCCGAGACACCAACUACUCUCGGUAUGCAUAGUCUAGUCAAGGUGCAAGUCAGAGUGGAUGAUCAACAGACUCCACAAUUUGGCCGACUGGCGACUUUAGCCGGAGUUACUCCACCCAUGACCCAAGAAGCAGUAAGAGACCUUGAGAGCAGUCGCAUUUCUAAGAUUAGAGUGGACGAGAGUGCAUCAAGAAAGCGGGUUCGUAGUAGGAUCACUCCAGAUGAUUUACAUGAAAGAAGCAGCAAAGCCAAGAAGGCAGGGGGGAAAAGCCAAGCCAAGCGUGAGCAAGCUGCAGCAGCUGCUGCUCAGAUUCGUGCUAACGGCACAGCAUCCCUUGCUAUCAAAAUGUCUCUUUUCUUCUCUGGAAUGAAGUCCAUGACAACCAGACUGGAAAAGGCCGCAGGGCAGAUACAGGACCUUUACCUUUCUGUUGCUCUAGACAAGCAGUUGCUGUCACAAUCUCAAAAACAAGAACUCAACCCCAUGGUCAUCAAGGUCUGCUCUGCUAGUAGUAUGCCAAACAAGCCCUUGAACUUCAAGCAGCUCAGUGAAAAAUGUCAGCCCGUGAGAGUACAAUACAAUUUCUUCAAGGAACCAACCCACAAUAGUCGAGGUCGUGACCACGGUCGAGAGGUCUAUUGGCAGGACACGAAUGUCGUCCUACUUGGUACCAUAGACAAAGAGGUGCUUGCUGAGUAUCUGCGAGGGCCGCCAUUAGAGAUAGAGGUUCAUGACAGAGAUCGUAAAGCUGAAGACAAGAAAACAAAGCCUGUCCUAUUUGGCGAGAAUCCAGAAGACGAGAUGAUCAACAAUGUGGCGCUUAUCGCAGGUCGCCGUACCACUCAUAAUCCGUUUGAAGGCAGAGGCAAGACUUGGGACCCAUAUGGUAUCGCCAGGUUUGACUUGUCCGGUCUGCUUGUCGGACAGAAAAUGCUCCAGCUCCGGUCCCCCAUCCAAUCUUGCCCGAUACCUGAAAUCAACAUCGGACAUGAGAAGCAAGAUGGCCCAAUAGUCGGACAACUUGGAAACGUAGAUGGACCGGAGGAUUCUCCUAACCCUGCGGCUAACUAUCUCGAAGCUGGUAGCGAGUUAAAAAUCAAGGUAGAGCUUGCCUAUCCCAUCAACGCCAGCACACAGGACAAGACCAGCAUUACAGAGCGAACCACCUCAGAGUGUCCAUUCGGCAGAAUCGUCUACAUCUUCGAGUAUUCAAACGCCAAGUUCUUACGUCAGCUUCAGAACCAAGUGACCGAUAUCAACGCGGAGGCACUGGAACUAGGCACUCUCCCACAACAUGUGAUCGAGGCUGCACUCUCUACCUACAAGCUGUCAGAAGAGCAGAGAAAGAAUAAGACUUUGGACAUCAUCACCGGUUUCCAGGUGCUGGACGGUCAAUUCCAUAUCUUUGUGCUGGAAGGCCUCGCGGACCAUGGCGUCAAAAAGUUGUGGGGAAGUUUAACAAGACCAGAAGAACCAGACUCGCUCAAAUUCAACGUGUUGUACAACUCUGAGAUGCGGUUCUCCAAUCGACUGUACGCGCCGUUAGACGUGGACCUGUGUCGAGUACGACUCCACGAACCGCUGACCGUGAUAGUGCAGAACCCUCUUUUGUAUGUGAGAGACCUGGUGCCGAGACCCUGCUUCGACGCCUUGUCAAAGCUAGACAAGAUGUUGCGGGUGACUAAACUUCGAGAAGCGACGAGAAGCGAUCUCUUCCCGUCAGCUGACAUGGUCAUCUCUAUGAGCCGGGAGUUUGGCGUCCCACUCACUGCAGAAGACUUUGGCGAGUUGGAGUCAGAGGCUCCAAAUGAUGACGAGGCUGGAUCCGGUACCCGACUUACGAUACCAGGGCCCAAGACCUCCCGGCCAUGGAUGCAUAUCCAAACUCACAAUGUAAACUACGAAGAAACGCUAAAGAAACGAGAAGCGGUGGCCAGCGAGGAAAAGAGGGACUUCAUCAUGGAGAACAUCCUGAAGACCCGAACCGUCCCGCGGGAAAGGCCUCACACAAUAGCAGUCGACACAUCAGAACUACAUAACCAAACGUCGCACAACUACAGCAUCCAGACGCUGAACUCCACAGAACUAGCGAGGGAGAAGCUCAGACAAAUACUCGCAAAGGAAAAAGAGCGUCGGUUUACGUACUGCCCCAAGUACCAUUCCGCUACGGUCCUUCCUGUUGAUCCAGAUUCCGUUAAAAAAGCGUCUCAGCUAGAGUCAGUAAGAAACUGGAGAACAGCAGACGGGUUUAUAUACCCGGGCAAGAAGACAUCACUGGCGUCUAAUGUACAUCCAAAGAAACCAAACAGCGCACGAGCCGACGAGUUAAACAAACCGUGGAAAGAGAACAUUCUUCAUUCCAACAUUCUAAAGCCAACGGUCGACCGGGAUAUCUUUACAUGGCCGUACCGGGACCGGGACUUGAACCUGAUCACUAAGCCUCCCCCAUUCUUUGACCCUAACGUCGUACUGUCGGUCCACUCUGCGGGAGACACCAAGGAGGAAGAGAUGCGGCGUGCACAGGAGCAGGAAGCGAACUGGUGGAGAACCCGGGUAGUGGUAGAUGAUCCCAUAUUCCGCACACACCGUUGUCUCACGGAGACCGAAAUGCGAGACUCUGGACCUAAGGCCUCGAACCAGCUCGCUAAACUAACUGGGCUGCUCAAAGACGCUGGCAAGAAAAUAACGUUCACAAAACCUGGGUUAUCGCUGAGUGGGGUGCCUCCCCUUUCCGUGGUCAUGAACCCCAGUGUGGACACGCUCGCUAGGGAUACUGGGAAAUUAGAAUUACAGGACAGUGACUUUAAAAAUGAGAAGAAUUGCGGUUUUAAUCCGGGACCUUUUGAGGAUAAAGGCUGGCUCUUGGAGAAGAAUAAGAUCCCAAUAUUGGAUCCCGAACAUAGGAAGUACGAGAGUUUGAAAGGCAAAGACUUCCGGGUGUACUUCAGAAAUAAUGAAAUGCUGUACCGGAGACCGAUUCAACCGCUGACCACAGAGGAUCGCGACAACCACCUGUUCGCCGUGGCGAAACCCUGUAGCUAGCACGAGGGGAGGGGCGCCAAAUUGCACUUGGGCUUGGCCAUCUCACGGCAAUCAAAUGGCAAUAAUCAGAAUUUCGAAUGGCAUAUUUUAUUUACAAAUUGUUUUGGGUGGACCUCCACAUAAAACUAUUUUAUCUUUAAAUAAUUUUCUAUACAUGUGCAUGUAUUUCAAAUUUUCAACUCUUUUGGGCAUUAAAAAUCUAUAUCAUAUAGCCGUGUUUGGGAUAUGUAGCGUAAAAUAAUUUACACCUUGGGAGGCUGGUUUGGAUAGAAAUAAUGGUUUCCAUGUAAGUGUUAAACACUUGUGGGCGAUAGUGCAAUAUUAAAAGUGUUAAUUUACGGACUAAUGCACUGGUUGUGGACACCUAACGCAAAUAAAAUCAUUUCUACAAAGCA